GCCAUGGCAUAUGGGCUGCCCAGCGCAGCCAGCCUGGUGCGCCUGUGCCGGAAGCUGAACCGACUGAAGCCUUUGGAGGACUCCACCAUGGAGACAUCCCUGCACCGCUGCUUGUCCACACUGGACCUGACCCUGUUGGGCGUGGGGGGCAUGGUGGGCUCAGGCCUCUACGUGCUCACAGGCGCUGUGGCCAAGGACAUGGCCGGCCCCGCCGUACUCUUGUCCUUCGCGGUCGCCGCCGUGGCCUCCCUGUUGGCCGCCUUGUGCUACGCAGAAUUUGGGGCACGAGUGCCCCGCACCGGCUCCGCCUACCUCUUCACCUACGUGUCCAUGGGCGAGCUGUGGGCUUUUCUCAUCGGCUGGAAUGUGCUGCUGGAAUACCUCAUUGGCGGUGCCGCCGUGGCCCGCGCCUGGAGUGGCUACCUAGAUGCCAUCUUCAGCCACAGCAUCCGCAACUUCACCGAGACCCACGUGGGCGCUUGGCACGUAUCCUUCCUGGCCCGCUACCCGGACUUCCUGGCCGCCGGCAUCCUUCUCCUAGCUUCGGCCUUCGUGUCCUGCGGCGCGCGUGUCUCCUCCUGGCUCAACCACACCUUCUCGGCCAUCAGCCUGCUGGUCAUCCUUUUCAUCAUCAUCUUGGGCUUUAUCUUGGCCCGCCCCCACAACUGGAGCGCGGCUGAGGGAGGCUUUGCGCCUUUCGGCUUCUCUGGCGUCAUGGCGGGCACAGCCACCUGCUUCUACGCCUUCGUGGGCUUUGAUGUCAUCGCUGCCUCUAGUGAGGAAGCCCGGAACCCGCGGCGGGCCGUGCCCGUGGCUAUCGCCGUUUCCUUGGGCCUGGCCGCUGCCGCCUACAUCCUCGUGUCCACCGUGCUCACCCUCAUGGUGCCCUGGCACAGCCUGGACCCUGACUCAGCGCUCGCGGAUGCCUUCUACCGGCGAGGAUACAGCUGGGCCGGCUUCAUCGUGGCUGCUGGCUCCAUCUGCGCCAUGAACACGGUUCUGCUCAGCAACCUGUUCUCCCUGCCUCGCAUUGUCUAUGCUAUGGCGGCCGACGGGCUCUUCUUCCAAGUGUUUGCCCGCGUGCACCCCCGCACGCAGGUGCCCGUGAUGGGUAUCCUGGUGUUCGGCGUCCUCAUGGCCCUCUUGGCGCUGCUGCUCGACCUGGAGGCGCUCGUGCAGUUCCUGUCCAUUGGCACCCUGCUGGCCUACACCUUCGUGGCUGCCAGCAUCAUUGUGCUACGCUUCCAGAAGUCCUCUCCACCAGGCUCCCCCAACCCAGCCAGUCCCGGCCCCUUGGCCAAGCAGCUUGACUCCUUCUCAGAUCGCAUCCACUUGGUAGAGGCCUCUGUUCUUGCUCAUCCUGGACAGCUGCGGCCAGCCCUGAAGCCCUACCUCGGCUUCCUGGAUGGCUACGGCCCCGGAGCUGCCGUCACAUGGGCACUCAGCCUCCUGGUGGCUUCAGCCAUCACCCUGGACUGUGUCCUGGUCUUCGGGGAUUCAGCCCUGCACCUGCCACGUUGGGGCUACUUCCUGCUGCUCUUGCUCAGCGGCGCCGUGUUCCUGCUCAGCCUUUUGGUCCUGGGGGCUCACCAGCAACAGCACCAGCAGGACACUUUCCAGAUCCCCAUGGUGCCCCUGACUCCAGCCCUAAGCAUCCUCCUCAACGUUUGCCUCAUGCUGAAGCUCAGCUACCUGACCUGGCUGCGCUUCUCCAUCUGGCUGGUGAUUGGACUCGCAGUGUAUUUUGGCUAUGGCAUCAGACACAGCAAGGAGAACCAGCGGGAGCUACCUGAGCCGACCACCAAGCGCUACGUGGUGUUCCCCAGCGGCAGCCUGGAGGAGACGGUGCAGCCCGUGCAGCCCCCCAGCCAGGAGGCACCAGUCCACGAGGCUGACCAUGCCCAGUAGCUGGCUACUCUGUCGAAGGACUGCCUGCCCAGGCUUGCCUUGCCGUCUGCACCUCCUCAGGAGGCUGUAGGGGCGGGGAUCUCCUUCUGUCCUGGGCCAGCUUGAGUGUGUAGGACCAGCCUGAGUUGUGAGUGGAGGGGGCGCCAUCAGGACUUUAGUCAAGGUCACACAGCUUUCAGAGAAUGGGGGCCUUGGCCAGCACUGGCGCAAUGAGUGGUCUUGGUGCCCCAGCACCUUCCUCUUUAUGCUCAGCCUCUGCCACCUG